GUGAGAAUCACACUUUGAAUACCAGCCGCCUUCAUGCUUGCGGCUGUCGGAAUCCAUCGCCAUUGGCAAAAAGCUGUUUUGUAUCAAGAUUGUGCUGUCGAUAGCAUCUCUUGUUCUGCAUCUUGCCACUGCUUGAGGCGCCUUCAGUGCGCAGCAGUGUCCGCCACCAUGCCGGAGGUCAUGUCCAUCGUGAAAACUCCCAAGGAGGCGUUCCAGGGCAUGGUGGACAAGGGCGUUGGGAUGGGCGGCGACUCGUCCAUCAAGAUCUUCCACCAAUCCUUCUAUGCGGGUUGCUACAUUGGCUUCGGUGGCAUGCUGUCGAUGGUGGUGGCUGGCGGUCUGAAAAGCGCAGCCGAGGACAAUCCGACCAUUCAGACCUUUGUGUUCGCUGCGCUCUUCCCUGUGAACCUGCUGCUCAUCCUCCUCACAGGUGGGGUGCUGAUCACGGGCACUGCGGCGACCGUGCCUGCCGCGGUGUUUGAAGGCAAGCUGCCCCCUGUGCAGAUCGCGAGGACGUUUGCGCUGGCUUGGCUGGGCAAUCUGCUUGGCGCCUUGCUCUUCGCCGGCUUUGUCACGGCCUGUAACUUGAACGUGGGCUUGACUAGUGAGCUUGCGAUCAAGGUGGCGGAGAAGAAGAUCAAGGAGAACUUUGGGGUCACCUUCCUCAAGGGAAUCGGCUGCAACUGGCUGGUGUGCAUGGCUGUGUUCCUGCAGGGCCAAGCGCAGGACAUGGUUGGCAAGAUGGUGGGUAUCUGGUUCCCCAUCUCUUGCUUCGUGGCCAUCGGCUUCGAGCAUAUCCCAGCCAACAUGUUCAUGAUCCCCAUGGGGAUGAUGGCCGGCGCCGACGUGUCCGUGCUAGAUUGCCUCUGGAGGAAUUUCAUCCCGGUGACCCUCGGGAACAUCUUUGCAGGUUCCAUCUUCGUGGGCGGUGGCUACUCUUUCGCCUUCGGCAGGUUAGGCAGCUCGCCGAUGUUCAACAUGCCCACGAAGGAGCAGGGUCCAUCCAAGGAGCAGCAGGCCACUGGCAACGCGGUCGAGGUUCCACCUGAAGCGCAGGGCCCAUGAUUGCGUCUUGUCAUACUGUACACUUGCCGUCUGGCAUGUACAUCGUGCGGAGUAGUUCUUUUUUCCAGGAUUGUUGAAUGAUCCGAAGCAGUUGCCCACAGCGCUUCAGCUGUCGGCAGCCGACAGAUUUUCGGAGUUGACGUCCUCUCACCGACGCCCAGGCACCGCUAGGUGUAUGGUUUGUCAGUCAGGCAGACGUCCUCUCACCGACAGCAUCUGCUCCGCAUGCUUCCGAAGUUACUCUUUCGGAGCGGUAGCCAUAGGGUUGGCGAUAGCGGCCCCUGUCGUCAUCUAAUGUUUCAUUUCUUCUCCAUCCGGUGUCCGAUUUUGACCAGAUGUGCUUCGAUGGAAGCUGCAUCCACGUGGCAGUCGCCACAGGCGUCGCCAGAGGGUAAGCGCUCUCGCGUGGACUGUUUGUGUCGACCUGCUUGUCUGAGGCACUAAGCGCCGUUGCAUACAAAGCUGUACAACCAGCGCACGCUAUGGACAGUCUGAAGCCACAGCUCGCUAUGCGGCGCUCAUUGCCCUGGAUGGUGUUCUCCGGCAUGGGAAGACGCUGUGCAUGACGAAUCCUCACGGUGCCGUUAUGGAUCGUGUAGGAAAUUUGUGCCGUUGCCGGGAAUGUUUGUUGACGAAUGAGCGCGGCGUCAAGGCGAGAUCCACAUCUUGAAAACCAGG